CGCGGUGGCCAUUGACCUUUGCCCUGACCUCGUCGUGGGGACCCAGCGCCUGUCCCCAAGCCUGCUUUCUCCCGCGGAACCCCCUUUCUGGCCUCGGAGCUUCCGCUGAAAUGUUGCUGCCGCUGCUGCUGCUGCUGCUACUACUACCCUUCUGUGGGGCAGUGGAGGUCAAGAGACCCCGGGGCGUCUCCCUCACCAACCAUCAUUUCUACGAUGAAUCCAAACCUUUCACUUGUCUGGACGGUUCGGCCACCAUCCCUUUUGAUCAGGUCAACGAUGAUUACUGUGACUGCAAGGAUGGCUCAGACGAGCCAGGAACCGCUGCCUGUCCUAACGGCAGCUUCCACUGCACCAACACUGGCUACAAGCCCCUGUACAUCCCCUCCAACCGGGUCAAUGAUGGAGUUUGUGACUGCUGCGAUGGGACAGAUGAGUACAACAGCGGCAUCAUCUGUGAGAACACCUGCAAAGAGAAGGGCCGUAAGGAGAGAGAGUCCCUGCAGCAGAUGGCAGAGGUCACACGGGAGGGCUUCCGCCUGAAGAAGAUCCUCAUCGAGGACUGGAAGAAAGCCCGGGAGGAGAAGCAGAAAAAGCUCCUUGAGCUGCAGGCUGGAAAGAAGUCUCUGGAAGACCAGGUGGACAUGCUGCGAACGGUGAAGGAGGAAGCCGAGAAGCCGGAGAAAGAGGCCAAAGAGCAGCACCAGAAGCUGUGGGAAGAGCAGCUGGCCGCCUCCAAGGCCCAGAGGGAGCAGGAGCUGGCAGCCGAUGCCUUCCAGGAGCUGGACGAUGACAUGGAUGGGACGGUCUCAGUGGCCGAGCUGCAGACCCACCCGGAGCUGGACACGGAUGGGGACGGAACGCUGUCAGAGGCGGAAGCCCAGGCCCUCCUUGGGGGUGAUGCGCAGACGGACGCUCCCUCCUUCUUCGACCGCGUCUGGGCCGCCAUCAGGGACAAGUAUCGGUCUGAGGCGCUGCCCACAGAUCCGCCAGCGCCCUCUGCCCCAGACUUGACAGAGCCCAAGGAGGAGCAGCCCCUGGUGCCCUCGCCACCCAUGGAGGAGGAGGAGGAGGAGGAAGAGGAAGCUGAAGAGGAGGAGGAGGAGGAAGAUGAUUCCGAGGUGCAGGGGGAGCAGCCCAAGGUGUCUGCCCAGGAGGCCCGCAGCAAGUUCGAGGAGGCGGAGCGCUCCUUGAAGGACAUGGAGGAGUCCAUCAGGAACUUGGAGCAGGAGAUCUCCUUUGACUUUGGCCCCAACGGGGAGUUCGCCUACCUGUACAGCCAGUGCUACGAGCUCACCACCAACGAGUACGUCUACCGGCUGUGCCCCUUCAAGCUCGUCUCGCAGAAGCCCAAGCCGGGCGGGUCCCCCACCAACCUUGGCACCUGGGGCUCCUGGGCUGGCCCCGAGCACGACAAGUUCAGCGCCAUGAAGUAUGAGCAGGGCACGGGCUGCUGGCAGGGCCCCAACCGCUCCACCACCGUGCGUCUGCUGUGCGGGAAGGAGACCAUGGUGACCAGCACCACUGAGCCCAGCCGCUGCGAGUACCUCAUGGAGCUGAUGACACCGGCCGCCUGCCCGGAGCCGCCGCCUGAGCCUCCUGCUGAUGGCGACCACGAUGAGCUCUAGCCGGCCAGUGCAGAGAACCUCAAGAAGGCUUGAAACCAGCUCCUUCAGAGCCGUGGACCAAGGCCUGCCCCUGGACCUGCCUGCCCUUCUCUGGGCACAAGACCUGUGGGGGUCCCUGUGCCUGCUGCCCCCGGGGCCCGGUGGGGAAGAGCCACGCUCCCAGGCCCCAGCCGCCUCCGAGGAGGGAUCAAGGAGCUCGCCCUCCUGGCACCCUCGCCACGGCUGGUCAAGUCACCCGGCCCCUGCUCUUGCCUGCCUUCCUGGUGGGGAUGAGGGAGUGUCUUGACCUGUGACCUGAAAACAAUAAAGGUGAUCCCCCACCCGAA